UAUGAAAAGAAACAACAUACCAACACUUUCACCCUUCAGCUACCUCUCUCUUUCUCUUGCUAUUUCUGGAUGGUUCAAUCUCACACGUUGUUUGUGGUUUUCCAUUGGGGGUGUUAGUAUCUGCGUUUGUUUCAAUGCAUUAAUCAGUAAUUCAGUGUGUCGGUAAAUUAAGUGGCAUGUCAGGACUUCUGUCGGUAAAUCUGUGUUUUAUGUGGUGUUUCGGCCUCUGUGUCAGUUAGGUGCAAUGCUGUGCUGUUUGAGUCAGUCAGAUGUCACAAUGCCUGACGAAGUGUACUAUUCUACCGUCAAGUUCACAGCAAACUCCUGUCCCAGAACAAGGGUAACGCCGGAGGAGGUCACUUAUGAAGAAGUGAAGGUGGAAGGAUCUCAGUCAGCACAAACUGUGCCCCCUCCUGGACCUGCAGUGUCUAUGUCCACAAUGAGAUCCGAGCGCGGCCCUCCUUCCUACAGACGGACCGCAGUGUGUCAGGGACUGCUGUGUGCUGUCCUGCUGGUUACCGUCAUAGCCCAGUUUGUCUACUAUAAUGUCUCUUGCAGUAGAGGUGAAAAGUACAGCAGUCGGCCUCAAAAUGACUCUAUGUUGAAUGAAAAACUGAACAAGCCCAAAAUGAACUAUAGCACUGGACACCAGAUGCAGAACAGUACUAACCUCCUUGCCCAGUUCUUCCAGAAAUUCCCCAUUCUGGGUCAGUACUGUCCCAUUGAUGACCAUAAGGUGCAUGAGAGACGCUGUCAGCCCUGUCCACAGAACUGGAUGCAAAACCAAGGGAAAUGCUACCACUUGUACCAAGACAAAAUGGAUUGGAUUGCCAGUCAGUACUAUUGCAGAUCACAGGGGGCACACCUUGUGACUAUAGACAGUGAUAAGGAGCAGGAUUUCAUCUGGAGUAAAGUGAGAACUUUGAAGGAUUUAGUCUGGAUUGGUCUGAGAGACAUUAACAGUGAUAAAAACUGGCACUGGGUGAAUGGGUCUCCACUGAAGAAUGAAAGACGCGUCCAGGAAGCCAGGAAUAGUUCACUGGGGAGAGACAUGUGCCCAACAUUGUGUGCAGAUAAGCACUGAGGCAACUGCCUCCAAUUCACACUAUGGAGGGGGACCAUGGUGUCUUCAUGGGCGCCGAUACGAACAAAGCCCAGUGUGCGUCACAGGAGGACAUAUACACUGAACUUCUCGAAACGAAAUACGAUACGUACGCCACAGUGAGGGAGACUUCACGCAGGAGAGCAGAGGCGCAGAGCAGAGUGUCAGCGUCCACAGUGAGAGUGGAGCCCAACCCUUCUCCCUACAGACUGCCUGCACUGUGCCUGGGGCUUCUCUGUGCCGUCUUACUGACCGUCAUCAUAGUCCAGUCAGCCUACUUGGUGAAGAACAGCAGAGAUUGGGAGAGCAGGCUGAUGAAGAAAGAAGAGGAGCAAAGAGGGAUAUGCAACAAUGAAACACAGAGGUGCGAGAGUGGCAUGGACAGCUACAUGGAGCAACUGGAGUCUUUCUUCUGCAUGGACCCCUCCACUGGCCAGAGAAAACAGAGCUGCUGUCCAAUGGGAUGGAAGGGAGGACACAGUGGGAGUUGUUACUACAUAAAUACUGCAGACAAAGGCUGGGAAUCUGCACGCAGCUCCUGUUCGUCACUCGGUUCUCAUCUGGUAGUGAUUGACGACAAGAAGGAACUGGACAUGCUGAGCACUUUUAUAAGCUCGGGUUAUUACUGGAUCGGGCUGAGAAGGAAGAACAUGGGAACCUCAUGGAGCUGGGUUAAUGGCAGAACUCUGAAUACAACGUUUCUUCAUCUCCGUCACAGGCUCGUAAUUGAUGACAGCUAUCCGGGUAAUUGCAUUGUCAUACAUUGGAGUGGGUCGGAGCGGAAAGUCCAUUCGGAUUCCUGCAGCGAGCACUUGCACUGGAUCUGUGAGAGGAGACAGCCCUGGCGCGGCAGGACAGGGAUGGAAGGAGAGAAGAAAGAGAACCAGUGACAGAGAGGGGGACGAAUGAGCCGGAAGAGGAGUGAGUUGUGGAGAAAAGUGUAUCCAGAGUGAAUGGGAGUGAAUCAGAGAGACGCCGAGAGACACGUGCAGCAGGCAUUUGUAAACUGAGAAAGUGUUAAUGAACCCAAUGCAGGGUUUUUGUAACCUAACAAUCAGAGACCUGUUUGAUGUUUCAAGCACUUAAAAAAAUGUAUUUCUUCAUGUUCUAUAUAAAGUAGUGUAUAAUUGUGAUCCAGUCAAGCUGUUUGUGAAAAAUAAAACUGUCCGAGCUCCUGCCCCGA